UUCUCAGAAAAAGCCAUGCCUAAAAUUCUUAGUUUUCUUCUUUGUCUCUCUUUCACUAUAACUUCCUUUGUCAUUUGUAUAGAUGAGAAAGAAAAAGUCUUAAAAAUUAGUACUGAUGCAGCCACCCCAACUGGCAGUGACUUCACUUAUAUAUGUGAUCCUGUCAGAUAUGCCAAACUCAAACUGGACAUUAAAAGUUUCGCCUUUUGUGACUCGAAGCUUCCCUACAAUGUUAGGGCCAAAGAUUUGGUGGAUCAAAUGACACUAGCUGAAAAGAUAGCACAGCUAGGAAAUAAUGCUGAUGGAGUGGCUAGAUUAGGGCUGCCAAAGUACGAGUGGUGGUCUGAGGCGCUGCAUGGUCUGUCCAAUGUUGGUCCAGGAACCGUCUUUGAUAAUCUAGUUCCUCAUGCAACCAGCUUUCCCACUGUCAUACUCACAGCAGCUUCAUUCAACGAGAAACGCUGGAGAGAAAUUGGUCAUGUGGAUGUCUCUUAUCGUAAAUAUAGUGUACACAAUGCUAUUUAAAAAUAAAAUAAAAAAACACCAUG